AUGCAGAACAAAGGAUUCUCAAUGGCAGGCCUGGUCUUCUGCUUUGCUUUCUUUCUUCUCACGCUGCACUCCGCCUAUGGAGACGUGAGCUAUUCUUUUCCGGAGGAGAUGAAACGAGGAUCUGUGAUUGGAAAUAUAGCCAAGGAUCUCGGGCUGGAGUCGAGGAGACUGUCCGCUCGUAAGGCCCGUAUUGAUACCGAAGGGAACCAAAACCGGUGUUGUGACAUUAAUCUGAGUACCGGGGAUUUGAUUGUUGCGGAGAUAAUUGACAGAGAUGGGCUUUGUGGCAAGAAGGCUUCCUGCGUUUUAAAACAGGAACUUGUAUUGGAAAAUCCUUUGGAGCUGCAACGUAUUAGUCUUCAUGUUCAAGAUAUAAAUGAUAACGCACCGCAAUUUAAGGAAGAGGUGAUUAAAAUUGAAAUAGCUGAAUCGUCCGUCAAAGGAGCUCGCUUUUUGCUAGAUGAGGCUCGUGAUGCGGAUAUAGGACGGAACAAUGUUCAAAGCUAUACACUUGAAAGGAAUGACCAUUUCAUUUUGAAUGUUAAUACAAAAAGUGGUGGACGGAAAUAUGCCGAAUUAGUCUUAGACAAAGAGCUAGACCGUGAAAAACAGCAGGAAUUGAAAUUAUUACUCACAGCUGUGGAUGGAGGCACUCCGCAGAGAUCAGGUACUGUAGUCAUACACGUCACUGUACUGGAUGCUAACGAUAAUGCCCCAGUGUUUAGCCAGGCCGUGUAUAAAGCCAGUCUGCCUGAAAACUCUCCUUUAGAUACUCUUGUAAUUACAGUGAGCGCCAGUGAUUUAGACGAGGGACCCAAUGGCGAGGUUAUGUAUGAUUUUGACCAUGUUUCAGAUGAAAAUAACGUUGUAUUUUCUCUGGAUCAUAAAAAGGGAGAACUAAGAGUUAUUGGGUCUCUGGAUUAUGAACAUGAGUCAUCAUAUGAAAUGCAGAUAACCGCCAAGGAUGGUUUAGGAUUAGCAUCUUCCUCUACAUUGAUAAUAGAAAUCACAGAUAUUAAUGACAACACUCCUGUGAUAUAUCUAAAAUCUCUGACUAGCCCCAUACCUGAGAACGCGUCACCUGGUACAGAGGUGGGCAUCAUUAACGUGCAGGAUAGAGAUUCUGAGAAUAACCGACAGGUGCGCUGCUCCAUUCAGCAAAACGUUCCUUUUAAGCUGGUGCCAUCCAUCAAAAACUACUAUUCUCUGGUGACAACGGGCGAACUGGACCGGGAACUAGUUUGUGAUUACAACAUUACAAUCACUGCCACCGACGAGGGCUCUCCACCUCUGUCCUCCUCUAAAAGUGUUCAGUUAUCUGUAGCUGACGUCAACGACAACCCACCUGUGUUUGAGGAACAGUCCUAUAAAGCCCACGUGACUGAAAAUAACAAACCCGGUGCCCCCGUGUGUUCCGUUACUGCACGAGACCCAGACUGGAGACAGAACGGAACAGUGAUUUAUUCUCUCUUACCCGGUGAGGUGAACGGUGUUCCGGUGUCUUCGUUUUUAUCCGUUAACGGAGACACGGGGGUGAUCCACGCUGUGAGGUCGUUUGAUUAUGAGCAGUUCAGGAGUUUUAAAGUCCACGUGGUGGCCAGAGACAACGGUUCUCCUCCACUCAGCAGCAACAUCACCGUCAGUGUGUUCAUAACGGAUGUGAAUGACAACGCUCCUCAGAUACUAUACCCCGCCCUGGAGGGGAACUCCUUCAUAACCGAGCUGGUCCCCAAAGCUGCGCACCGUGGCUCUCUGGUUUCCAAGGUGAUAGCGGUGGACGCGGACUCCGGCCAGAACGCCUGGCUGUCUUAUCAUAUAGUCAAAUCCACUGAUACGGGGCUUUUCACUAUUGGUCUCCACAGCGGAGAGAUCAGGACACAGCGGGACAUUUCUGAAUCUGACAGCAUGAAACAGAACCUUAUUGUGUCAGUGAAAGAUAACGGACAGCCCUCUCUCUCUGCCACCUGUACCAUGUAUUUAGUGAUUUCUGAUAACUUGGCUGAAGUGCCAGAACUGAAAGAUAUCUCUUAUGAUGAGAGCAAUUCCAAACUCACCUCUUAUCUGAUCAUCGCGCUGGUGUCCGUCUCCACCUUUUUCCUCACCUUCAUUAUUGUCAUCCUGGCCGUGAGGUUUUGCUGCAGGAGAAAGCCCAGACUGUUGUUUGAUGGAGCGGUCGCCAUCCCCAGCGCGUUUCUCCCUCCCAACUACGCAGAGGUGGAUGGCGCGGGAACUCUCCGCAGUACUUACAAUUAUGACGCAUACCUGACUACGGGUUCGCGCACAAGUGACUUCAAGUUCCUCACAUCUUACAAUGACAACACGCUGCAUGCGGACCAGACUCUGAGAAAAACUCCUACAGACUUUGCUGAAGAACUUGAAGAUUCCGAUGGGUCCCCAGAGGUAGGCGUUUACCAUUAAUAGAUUUGGCAAUAAUGAGGCUCUGUAGCAGUGGCGAUUUUAGCAUGUAAAUCUUGGUGGGGCAAACUCAACUUUUUUCUUUAGAUGCAUGCCAGCAAAGCCACUACACAACACAACACAACACAUCACUAAACAAUACAUUAAUGGCACUAUAACAGUGACAAACGGUGCCCACAAACUGUUAGCGCCUACAUAAAGCUGUCCCAACAGCAGAACUUUCCUUUCAGCACCAUGGAGUGAAUCCUUACCACUGCUACACCUGUCUAUCAGCGAAGCCUUGUCUGGCAGCGAAACAGUUCAUUCAGCCUCAUUUACUGCCUUUAAAAAAAGCAUAGUUGAUAUGGCUGACUUGCUUAAACAAAUGUGGUUUCUACUGACAAUUGAUACGUACAAAUUAUGGCAUAAGGGGACGACAAGCGGAUAUGAGGCAAUCCGUAAUUUCGAUUAAGACAUUAAUGAGCGAGCUAAGACGGAUGUAGUCAAUAUAACUAUUUGUUCAGCACUUUUGAAAUGUACGGUGACAGAUUUCAGAACACGGCCGUUCUUACAGUAUUCUCCCUGUACACCAAGUCAGAACCAUGGGAUAUAUAAACCGGGCAUAUAAGCAGACAAUAAAAGCUCUUACAAUAUUCAAUGAUGACAUUUCUCUAAAACAGGCUAUGGGCUACAUGUGCACCACCAAGUCAGAACAGUAGGCUAAGUUAUGAGGGGAAAAGGGACCAAAUUAUUAGGGUGAGGCACAUGGGCUACUAACAGCUUACUACACAACAUACACUUAGUAUUACUUUCUUAGUUACAGUAUACUGUAUAUAUCUCUCUGGCAUAUUACAUCAUUUAUGUAGCAGCAUACAAUACAUUUUUGGACUCACAGUUGUGCUGAGCUCACUUGAACAGGAAGGUGGCACGGCGGUCCUUCUUGUGGGCAAAUUUUGUCAUUAAACUUUGUCAUCAAAGUCUAGCUUUCUCUGGGUUUGUGGUGCAUUCACGACAACUGGGAACUCUGAAAAAAACAAGGUGGAAUCAUGACUUCAGUGAUCUUCAGGUCGGAGCUCUAGAAAGAGGCCCGAGUUCCCGACUUGGAAUUCUGAGUUGGAUGAGUGUUCAAAACGUAUUUUCCCAGUCGGAGCUCGUUUUUUUUCAGAGUUCCCAGUUCUUGAACUCACUGAAGUCUGAGAUUUCCCAGUUCCAAGUUUCCAGUUGUUUUGAACGUGGCAGAAGUCAUGCUGUCUUGACAGCAUGGCCGAUGUAUUCAAUCUUUUCUGGCCCAUGGUGUUGUGUGUGAAUGUUUAUCCUUUUAAGCUUGGAAAAGAUACCCUUAAACCCAGACUUGGACCACACACCCUCUCCACUGAAUAGCAGGCAGGGAUAGGGAUUGUUUUGCAGCGCUUGCAGUUAGCUACUGAUUCCUUCCAAACCACUCAUUGUUGAAUUUACGAUUUCCGACUUGUUGUGUAAUGUUUAUGUCUAAUGGCCGAUGUGCACCGAUACAUUUUAUCUAUAAUUUAUCUUCAUAUGACAAGGAUUGAAAAGGAUUUGCCAGUAGGUUGUUGACUUGAAUCAUGAUGGUGACUGCUUGUCAAGUUUGCUAGCUAAGAUUUUGAAAGUAUGAUGUUGUCAUGAUCAGUCAAAUCAAAGCUAAGGUAGAUAUAAUGUGAUUUGACGUAAUUGUAUCUGUGGCCAAUGACCUUGAGCCUUCUUGGAUGGGCAUUUCUAAUGUAACUCUAUGGCAGCACCCAAGGGGCUUGAAUUUUCAAGCUCUCCCUGUAGAUUUUGCGGUGAUGUAGUGUCCCCAUGAGUGACAGAACACUGAGCUAGUCACGGCACAACUAGAGAAGAUUACCAACCCCUACGCUCUGUAUUCUCCGCUGGCUGCCCAUCCACCACAGAAAGCACUGAGCUAGGCUGAAACACCUGCAUUUUGGAGCUGCCUUACUCAAGAAAGCAAAAAUGAGGCCAUGUUCAUAUGCAGCUUUAUUAACUCAAUAAAAUGGUUUUACUUUGUUUGAAAACUGAAAUGUGGCACAUAUUAAUACAGAAAUAGCAUGCAAAACAGGCAACAACAACAACAAAAAAACAUGUAUUUUUUUUUUUUUUGCUAAACAGGUGAGGCUCAAAACAGGUGGGGCUCUGUAGCAGGUUUUACACUUGCAGUUAAAGGAUUUUCGGCCACAAUUUCUAAACUGUUUUUGUGAUUCAUAAUGAAAGCACUAUUUCCACAGGUCUUAUAUAUUUAGAAUUGCAUUCAUUAUCUGUCCCAUGUUUGUAUUUUCAAAUAUGGUGGAUGUGUUGUAUUUUCUGCUUUGAAAUCAACCCUCCUCAUUUUAAGGCAGACAUUGCAGAUUAUAUUAUGUUCUUUGCAUUGUGUUUGGGUACAUUUGGUUUGGGAUUGAUAAACGAAGUGUUUUUUCUCCCUCAUAGCCUACUGCACAGUUUUAAUAUUACAGAGAGCAUGUUAUAGCCUGGUUCUAGUUGGAACCGUUAAUUGUAUGUACACUCAGAAGGUAUGGCAAACGAAAAACGUGUAGAGAGCACAAUGUUGAGAAAAGAACUGAAGUGUAGCCGAGUGUCGCUGACCAUGGUGUUGAAACGCUCUGUUUGUUCUGUAAAGCCUGUAGCGUCUAUUUUUUGGGAUUGACAGUAGGCCUAACCUAUCACUUAUUUCCUUGACAGUUCUACUCACUGGAUUUCUGCAUUUUACCAAUGAGUGCCAGAUGAGAGACAGAACGACCCUGCACCUCCGAUAUGUGCAUUUUACUUGUCUCUUCAGACUUUAUAGGCCUAGCUACCAUUUUGUAAUGUAGUAGUUUUUUUUCUACCUGGCAUAACCUUAACUCGAGAGUGUGAAUGGUUUUAGGGAAAUGAGUGCUUGUGGUUUUAUGUUGUUUCAUGUGCCUAUUUGAAUAUCCCCAUAUGCUGGGGGCAUACAUCAUGUUUCCAAUGUUUACCUACUACUUUUAUUUAAAUGUAUUUAGCACAAUGUCAACGUAUAUGUGUAAACUAUGUGUAAUGUUUAAAGGGUACUCACAGUGUCGCUGUUCACUAGAGGAGGUAGAAUAGAUAUAGAUCUCCACCCACUGGUGUUGUCAUUGACAAAGCUCUGGUGCCAUUUCACUGCAGAAAAGAGUAGAGGUAGACUAACAUAUAUUUUGUUGAUAAUAUAGGGUAUUUUCAUGGUUUUGUCGAAUAACAUUUCCUUACAUCGAUCUGUCUAACUGUAUGGUGGAUAUUUGACGUUUUAGUCUAAGGAUGGGAAACAAAGGAUUCUCGGUGACAGGCUUGGUCUGCGGCGUUGUUUUCUUUCUUCUACCGCUGAACUCCGCCUAUGGAGACGUGAGCUAUUCUUUUCCGGAGGAGAUGAAACGCGGAUCUGUUAUUGGAAAUAUAGCCAAGGAUCUCGGGCUGGAGGCGAGCAGACUGUCCGCUCGUAAGGCCCGUAUUGAUACCGAAGGGAACCGAAAACGGUAUUUUGACAUUAAUCUGAGUAACGGGGAUUUAACCGCUGCAGAAAGGAUGGACAGAGAGGGGCUUUGUGGCAAGAAGGCUACGUGCGUUUUAAAACAGGAACUUGUAUUGGAGAAUCCUUUGGAGCUGCGCCGUAUUACUCUUCAUGUUCAAGAUAUUAAUGACAAUUCGCCACAAUUUAAUGAGGGUAUGAUAGAUUUAGAGAUAAGCGAAUCAGCGGAGAAAGGUUCUCGUUUUUUAUUAGGAGGGGCCCAUGACGCGGACAUCGGGCAGAACUCAGUUCAAAUAUACACUCUAGAAAAGAAUGACAAUUUUGUGUUGUCCAUUGAUAGUAACAAUGUUGAGCUUGUUCUAGACGAAAAGCUUGAUCGUGAAAGAAAGCAGGAAAUUAAAUUAUUGCUUACAGCGAUGGACGGAGGCACUCCGAAGAGAUCAGGUACUGUAGUCAUACACGUCACAGUACUGGAUGCUAACGAUAAUGCCCCAGUGUUUAGACAGGCCGUAUAUAAAGCCAGUCUGCCUGAAAACUCUCCUUUAGAUACUGUAGUGGUUACAGUGAGUGCCACAGAUGCAGACGAGGGAGUGAAUGGAGAAGUUACAUAUGAUUUCGAUCAUAUUUCAGAUGAGGAUAAGAAAGUAUUUUCUAUAGACCAUAAGGGAGGAAUAAUUAAAGUUAUCGGUGCUGUUGACUUUGAAGAGGUUCCAUCGUUUGAGCUGCGCAUCAAAGCGAAGGAUGGUUUAGGGUUAGCAUCAUAUGUCAAAGUCAUUAUAGACAUCACAGAUAUUAAUGACAACGCCCCUGUGAUUUAUCUAAAAUCUCUGACUAACCCCAUACCUGAGAACGCGUCACCUGGUUCAGAGGUGGGCAUCAUUAACGUCCAGGAUAGAGACUCUGAGAAUAACCGACAGGUCCGCUGCUCCAUUCAGCAAAACGUUCCUUUUAAGCUGGUGCCAUCCAUCAAAAACUACUAUUCUCUGGUGACAACGGGCGAACUGGACCGGGAACUAGUGUCUGAUUACAACAUUACAAUCACUGCCACCGACGAGGGCUCUCCACCUCUGUCCUCCUCUAAAAGUAUUCAGUUAUCUGUAGCUGACGUCAACGACAACCAACCUGUGUUUGAGGAACAGUCCUAUAAAGCCCACGUGACUGAAAAUAACAAACCCGGUGCCCCCGUGUGUUCCGUUACUGCACGUGACCCAGACUGGAGACAGAACGGAACAGUGAUUUAUUCUCUUUUACCUGGUGAAGUGAACGGUGUCCCGGUGUCCUCGUUUUUAUCCGUUAACGGAGAUACGGGGGUGAUCCACGCUGUGAAGUCGUUUGAUUAUGAGCAGUUCAGGAGUUUUAAAGUCCAGGUGGUGGCCAGAGACAACGGUUCUCCUCCUCUCAGCAGCAACGUCACCGUCAGUGUGUUCAUAACGGAUGUGAAUGACAACUCUCCUCAGAUACUAUACCCCGCCACGGUGGGGAACUCCUUCAUGACCGAGCUGGUCCCCAAAGCUGCGCAUGGGGGCUCUCUGGUUUCCAAGGUGAUAGCAGUGGACGCGGACUCCGGCCAGAACGCCUGGCUGUCCUAUCAUAUGGUCAAAUCCACUGAUUUGGGACUUUUCACUAUUGGUCUCCACAGCGGAGAGAUCAGGACACAGCGGGAUAUUUCUGAAUCUGACAGCAUGAAACAGUAUCUUAUUGUGUCAGUGAAAGACAACGGACAGCCCUCUCUCUCUGCCACCUGUACCAUGUAUUUAGUUAUUUCUGAUAACUUGGCUGAAGUGCCAGAAAUGAAAGAUAUCUCUUAUGAUGAGAGCAAUUCCAAACUCACCUUUUAUCUGAUCAUUGCGCUCGUGUCCGUCUCCACCUUUUUCCUCACCUUCAUUAUUGUCAUCCUAGCCGUGAGGUUUUGCUGCAGGAGAAAGCCCAGACUGUUGUUUGAUGGAGCUGUCGCCAUCCCCAGCGCGUUUCUCCCUCCCAACUACGCAGAGGUGGAUGGCGCGGGAACUCUCCGCAGUACUUACAAUUAUGACGCAUACCUGACUACGGGUUCGCGCACAAGUGACUUCAAGUUCCUCACAUCUUACAAUGACAACACGCUGCAUGCGGACCAGACACUGACAAAAACUCCAACAUACUUUGCUGAAGAACUUGACGACUCCGACGGGUCCCCAGAG